ACCAGAGAACGACAUGCUCUACUCUUUUGAAGUUGAAUCAAACGGAGCUUCGGAGCCUGGACUGUACAACUGCGCGCGUGCGUAUGUCGCUUGUCCGUCGCCGUGACAACAGCUCGGGCACGCGCUCCUACGGAUGCCAGUGUCACGCCAGUCAUGGAUUGUCAACUUGCACUUCUGCUCCGUGACCAGCAGUCGACAGCAGAGCUCCCCUCAUCUGAGCAAAGUUCUGCCUCUAUUUAUCACAAAAAAAGAGGGAGAGCGGUCGCUUCCGGCGGACGGCCCUUACUCCGUCCAGCCUCACGCGCCUCUCGGAGGAGACGCGACUUCAGGCAGAAGCGGAGGCGCGGAGUCCUGACAACACGGAGGAGGAGGAGCGGAUCCCGACAUCUGUCCAGCCGCGCUCGUCCUUCUGUUUCCACUCAGAACCAACGUUUCCCUCCGAGCUGGAGAUGUCCGGAUCCUUCUGCAGAACUUUAUACCCGUUCACCGGGGAGCAGCAGCAGCAGGGACUGAGCUUCGAGGCCGGGGAGGUGGUGAAGGUGGUGCAGGCUCUGCCCGGAGGCUGGUGGGAGGGAGAGAAGGACGGAACCCGGGGCUGGUUCCCGUCCAGCUACGUGCAGGUCAUGGAGAGGACGGCGUCGCUGGGUCAGCUUCCAUCUGAGGACCUCAAAGAGCCCCUCCCUCCUCACUGGAAAUGCUACAUGUCCCCACAAGGGCGGAGAUACUACGUCAAUACCAUAAACAACGAGACCACAUGGGAGCGGCCGUCCAGCACUCCGGGGACCCCCAAGAGUUCCCUCCGACACAAGAACUCCCUCCCAGCAGUGAACGGAUUUCACUCCAGUGGAAGUUCCUUCCAUCAUGGAGAGAAUUCACACAAUCACCUGGUCAGGAAGAGCAGCACAGAGCCUCAGAGCCCCGGAUCCACGUCGCCCACCAGGAAGCAGAACAAGGAGCCAAAGGUCACGAUCAACUGUGUGACGUUCCCAUCUCCAUCCUCUCUGACCGAGCAACAGCUGCUGAAGCCUAAUGAAUGGAGCUACUGUGACUAUUUCUGGGCUGACAGGAAGGAUCCCCAGGGCAACGGCUUCAUGUCGGGGUUUGAGGUUUUGCUGCAGAAGCAGCUGAAGGGUAAACAGAUGCAGAAGGAGAUGGCCGAGUUCAUACGAGAAAGGAUCAAGAUCGAAGACGAAUACGCCAAGAACCUCUCCAAGCUCUCGCAGAUCCCAUUGGCAGGACAGGAGGAGGGGACUUUAGGGGAGGCGUGGACGCAGCUGAAGAAGAGCCUGGCAGAUGAAGCUGAAGUUCACCUCAAGUUCUCCUCAAAGCUCCAGAGUGAGGUGGAAAAACCUCUGCUGACCUACAGAGAGAACUUCAAGAAGGACAUGAAGAGGCUGGACCACCACAUCUCCGACCUGCGGAAACAGCUCGCUGCUCGCUACUCAGCCGUGGAGAAGGCCCGUAAAGCUCUGGCUGACAGACAGAAGGAUCUGGAGCUGAAGCUGCAGCAGCAGGAGAUGAAGCUCAGCAGCAAGGCGGAGGAUGACAUGAAGAAGGCCCGCCGGAAAUCCACCCAAGCAGGAGACGAGCUGAUGCGCUGCGUCGACCUCUACAACCAGACUCAGUCCAAAUGGUUCGAGGAGAUCGUGACCACCAGCCUGGAGCUGGAGAGGCUGGAGCUGGAGAGGGUGGAGAUGAUCCGGCAGCAUCUGUGUCAGUACACCACGCUGCGCCACGAAACGGACAUGUUCAACCAAAGUACCAUGGAACCAGUGGACCAGCUCCUGCAGGCCGUGGACCCGGGCAAAGACCGGGAGGUGUGGGUACGCGAGAACCGGACCGGGGAGGUCCGGCCCGUGGACAUCGAGGUCUGAGUUCCACCCGGACCGGGACGGCUACCAAAGUGGGGGCGUUUCGGCAGGGGUGGGGUCACGAUGGGUUACAGAACCUCCAGUGAAAAAGACUGAAGACGCAGCUUUACCCUGACCUUUAACCCCGCCCACUGCAGAACCUCCCACUGCAGAAGAACCUCCUGGAUCUGCUGCAGCUCCACAUGGAGACCAGUCAUCGCUCUGAAUGAGUGCAAAUAAAACCGUGAAAUAAACCAAAAUAAGACUAACGAUCAGCAGCACAAUCCUCACCACACUUUUCUAUGGAACUCUUUUCUUUUCACGUUUCUCAGAACCGUUGGAGAGACCGCUUCACUGAAACCGAUUGUACUGUUUUAACAUUUUUCAGGAAAAGUUUUUUGUAAUUUUUUUGUAAAGUCACCUUAAAUUCUGUGAUGAUGUUCAGCAUGUUCUCAGUGCGCUGCCGGGGUCGUGACCGGGCCGACGUCCCGGCUGUUUCUGAGGAGUUCUGGAUCUUAGGACGUGAGGAAGAGGAGGGACGUUGUUGGAUGGAAGCUUCAGGUCCAACUGUCAGCUCAGUACCGUCUCUCAGAUCCGAGAUUUUUCCAGGGAAUGACUCCUCGAUGUUGUUGGAAGCGUGGACAGAUGCUGCUCUUCACUCAUUUCUGUUGGAGCUGCAGCAGAUAAACCUGGAGGUCAGCUGGGGUCAGAGGUCAUUCACCAAUGUGUCUUCACACACGGCAUAAACUGUUGAAUACAUUCCUAAUGAGAACUUUAAACCUCGUUGCACUUUACUCCGGAGUUCUCUCAAAGGUUUCCGACAUGUUGGGAGCGUGCGACGUCCUCUCGGAUCGAGUCGGGACAAACUCGGCUCUUCCACAAAGGUCAUGUUCUUCUGGCACUGAGACGGUUGGAAAAUCUGCAAACGCUUCAUCUGGACUGCAGAUGUGUCUUCAGUGUUUCUGAGAGGAGUCCAGCUAAAAAAACCUGCUCUGCAGACGCAUUUCUGUGCGUUAACAGCUGAGAGUUUGCUUUAAUAAACAGCAGAUUAACAUGGAUCUUUUGCUUUA